GGUAUCUUGCUUGUCCAUUCUUCGAUGGUCUUGUGCAAACACUAUGCAAGCUACGGAAUAUACAGAACUUAGUUAUUCAUGAUUUAUGUCCAUCUGGUUUACGUAUGAGAACCCAGUCCCUACCAUGGGAAGUUGUGAAUAUGCCUCGACUAAGACAUAUCCAUACAAAAAAGUUUAGUCUUUCCAUACCCCCACCUACAUCAAUAAUUGCUGAGAGGGAGAAUCACUUACAAACGUUAACCGGAUUGGUGCCCUCAUCUUGUAACGAUGAGGUGUUUCUACGAAUUCCAAAUUUGAAGAAGUUGGGAAUUUUAAUUGUUGGUGAAUCAGACACUAUUCAGAAGUGUUAUUGUCUUGAUAAUCUUGUACAUUUAACUCAGCUUGAGAAGCUCAAAGUUGAGUUCAGCGAGAGUUAUCUGCUAAUUUUUAGGCGGAUUAGCGAAGGUUGGGUGGACCUUUCUUGGCUACACAUUCCACAUUGUGACAAUUUCCCACCAAACCUUAAGAAGUUAACAUUGUGCGGAACUUACCUACAAUGGGAAGACAUGAACAUUCUCAGAAAAUUACCUAAUCUUGAGGUGCUCAAACUUAAACAUCAUGCCUUUCACGGACUAAUUUGGAAACUAAGCGAUGAAGACGAAGAUGGAUUCUUUCAGUUGAAGUUUUUACUUCUUGAGAGCUUGCAUCUGAAGCAAUGGGAAGCAACAAGUUAUCAUUUUCCAAGCCUUGAGCACUUAGUCCUAACAGAUUGCUAUUCAUUGGAGCAAAUUCCUUUCGACUUUGCAGAGAUUCAAACACUACAGCUGAUUGAACUACACAAAUGCAUGCUUUCUGUUCUUAUUUCAGCAGAGCAAAUACAAGAGGAGCAACAAAGCUUGGGAAAUGAUGACCUCGUUAUUCGUGUGAACUAUAUACGUGAGUAACAUUAAUCAAAAAGGUAAACAUUUUUUAAAAGCAUAAAGAUUUAUUUUUUCUGAAUUUUUCUUACAUAGCUCUUAUCUUGGAUACCUUUUUCUUUCUUAUAAAGUUAGUGUCAGUACAAAAUAUUAUUUUUGAUUAGCUUGAUUCGUUCGAAUUCUGAAAUUGAUUUUUAUAUUCAUCAUUUUCAUUUCUUUAUACUAUAAAAGGUGCUAAUUACAAAUGGUUUUGUGCAUUGCAGACAAAAAAAUUAGUUGAUGGAUAAAUAAGUUGAUCACUCUUUGCAGUAGUUGAUCUUACCUUUCAGUGUAUUUCGAUUUCCUUUUUCCAAUUCCAACUUGUUUGGGACUGAGGUAUAGUUUAGUGAAUUGUAUAUCUAGAUAUAAUUCAAGUAUAAUGCAUUUACUUUGGAAUGUGUAUAUAUUUGAACGUACUUCUCUUAGUUGCUUGU